AUGGCGUCAAUUCUUACUAUGAACUUGCCCUCCGACGACGAGGCUGAUUCGGAUUACUCUCUUUCAGAACCCUCCUCAGGGGACGAGCGUGAGGUUAAGAAGACUAAGAGGCAACUUAAGCGUGAGUUGCUGUUGGAAAAGCAGCGCCAAGACCUUAAGAAUAAAGUUGACGCCUUAUUUGGUGACAUGAUGCAAGAGAGCGAUAAGGCCUACCGUCAUAAGCAAACUGUGAAGGCUACGGAUUUUAUGCUACAGUUCCACAAAAAGGAUUAUUCGUCUCUCGGGCCACAGAAUAGACGCAUUGGCGAGCUGGAAAAUUUCGUGACCCUAUCAAGCAGUAGCGUAUUUGAAGAGCAACAAACCCUAGAUAUUUGCGAGUUCAAAGAGCAAUGCCGAAACACCCCAGAUUCCGAGAAAUUGGAAUUGAUUCAUCGGGCAGUAAAAGACGCAGAUAAAGUCGAGCCAUCGACUAUUGCAAAGACGUAUAAAUUUGCGGGAAAGACGUACACUGUCAAAGAGCACGUAGACAAAUCGUCCAAAAAGUACAAGCAAUUUGCAAAAAAACAGCGGAUGGCGGUAGGAGGCUCGCUUUCGUUUAUUGAUGAUAUGGUGCAUGAGCUAGAUAGUGCGCCCAAGAUUUCAGCCAUUAGAAAAUCUGAGGCCGAUUGGAACCAGUACAAGGAUGAAAACAAGAUUGAUACGCUCCAUAAAGAUCACAGAUUCCUCAAGGAGCAAGACUUUCUUCAUCGCGCACAAUGGAAAGAACAUGACAACUAUCUACAUGUGCGCCGUCAAUAA